UCCCUCCGCGCAGCGCUAAGGUCACCGCUGUCACUCGGUAGCUAACCAGCCGAAGGAAGCGGAGGAGACCCGGUAAGGAAGGUGCAGCAAAGACUCAGCAAAACAACCGUCAUGUCUCUGUCUAACAAACUCACCCUGGACAAGGUGGACGUCAAGGGGAAGCGGGUCAUCAUGAGGGUUGACUUCAACGUCCCAAUGAAGGACAAGCAGAUCACAAACAACCAGAGGGUCAAGGCAGCUGUUCCCAGCAUCCAACACUGUCUGGACAAUGGGGCCAAAUCCGUCGUGCUGAUGAGCCAUCUGGGACGUCCUGACGGAAACUUCAUGCCUGAGAAAUACUCUCUGGAGGCCGUCGCUGCUGAGCUGAAGAGCCUGCUGGGAAGGGACGUCACCUUCCUGAAGGACUGUGUGGGUGCAGAGGUGGAAGCAGCCUGUGCCAACCCCGCCACCGGAUCCGUCAUCCUGCUGGAGAACCUCCGCUUCCACGUCGCCGAGGAGGGAAAAGGCAAGGAUGCCGCCGGAAACAAGACCAAGGCCUCCCAGGAGCAGAUCGACUCCUUCAGGGCGUCUCUGUCCAAGCUGGGAGAUGUUUAUGUGAACGAUGCCUUCGGCACAGCUCACAGGGCCCACAGCUCCAUGGUGGGAGUGAAUCUUCCUCAGAAGGCGGCUGGUUUCCUGAUGAAGAAGGAGCUCGACUACUUCGCCAUGGCUCUGGAGAAACCUCAGAGGCCCUUCCUGGCUAUCCUCGGCGGAGCGAAGGUGAAAGAUAAGAUCCAGUUGAUCAACAACAUGCUGGAUAAGGUCGAUGAGAUGAUCAUCGGUGGCGGCAUGGCCUUCACCUUCCUCAAAGUCCUCAACAACAUGGAGAUUGGUACCUCCCUGUUCGACGAGGAAGGGGCCGGCAUCGUCAAGGACCUGAUGGCCAAAGCAGAGAAGAAUGGCGUCAAGAUCACGCUGCCCGUCGACUUCGUCACCGCUGACAAGUUUGAUGAGAAUGCAACCACCGGCACUGCAACUGUCGCUGCUGGCAUCCCCGCCGGCUGGAUGGGUUUGGACUGUGGACCAGAGAGCUCUAAGGCCUACGCAGCAGCGGUGGGCAGGGCCAAGCAGAUCGUGUGGAACGGCCCCGUUGGUGUGUUUGAGUGGGAGAACUUUGCCAAAGGGACAAAGAACCUGAUGGACAAAGUGGUCGAGGUGACCAAAUCAGGCUGCAUCACAAUUAUCGGUGGGGGCGACACCGCCACCUGCUGCGCCAAGUGGAACACAGAAGAUAAGGUCAGCCACGUGAGCACAGGAGGCGGCGCCAGCCUGGAGCUGCUGGAGGGUAAAGUCCUGCCUGGUGUGGAUGCACUGAGCAGCGUCUAAACUUCCCAUCAGCCCACUGGUGUGUGUGAGAGUGUGUGUAUGUGUGCUUGGAAGUGUGUGUGUGUGUGUGUAUGAGAGACGUGUCGCUAUUCAAGCAAGAUUCCUGUUUACUCCUGAAACCUCCUCAGCGUGCAAAAGAACGAACCCGACGCCUGCUUUUCAGCCAUUUCAUCUUGUGUUCGCUUGUUUAAGUUGUCGUCUGUAACAGGUCGAGCCUUCUGCCUUACUUAAACAUGCUGAUGAAACUCGUCGAGCUGCAGGAAAAUAUGAGUCAUACUGAUGGUUGAAACCUUUUAAGACAUACAAACAUCAAAUGGCUUGUUGAGGUGGAAGUUGUUUUUUUGCUGAAACACAGCACAAUGUCACUGGAUUCAUUUCAGACGUGUCAGGACUUCUGCUGUGUUUCCUUAGAAAAAGGAAGAGGAGUCAGCUGUUCACCCACGAGAUACUUAAACACUGGUUUGUAUGUGUGAAUGUGUGUAUUACUGCUCCACUUUUGCGUAGCCACCCUGGGAAGCUGCACCACCCUCAGUGUGAUUACAUACAUUAUAUAUAAUUAUAUAUAAAUAUAGAGUGAGAGAGAGAAACGGUUAAUGUGAUUUGUCAUGUGUAUCCAAACGUUUGUUCAUGUUAACGUCUUCUCUGGUUGUUGGUUUCUAAAGCGGCUUCGGACUGAGUCGUGGUGUCUCACAUCUCAGCUGAGCUGUUGAGGAUAAUAAAACCAUCUCUGUGUAAAAAAAAA